CGAGCGCAAAUCGCACAUAGUAAAUCUAUCAAGUCCUGUAAAUUGUGAAUCGAUGCGCUGGUGAUCCGGCAGCUCACUCCUCAAUUUUCUCUCAAGAUCCUCAACCCAAGAUCGAACCAUGCGCUUCGCUUUCCUCCUUCUCGCUGUUACUACUGUCUUUCUCUCGAGUCCUGAUGUCGUCGGUGCUAAAGAAUCUAAGGUAUCUGAAGCAGGUCAUCAGCCAAACUCGAUCGAUGCAAGUGGCGCAAAGAGAUUUUUGCGAUCGAACAAGUGGAUUGACGACGACUCUACCGACUAUGCUGAAAAAGAAGAGAGAGGUGCCACUGCCACCAUGACGGAUGUUGUCCUAAAACUGGAUCACUGGCUGAAAAAGGGAAAAUCACCAGGUAUGGUCAGAAAAAUAAAGUUGCCCAAAGCUGGCUAUACUGGCACGAGGCUAGAUGAGCUGGCCGACCAAUAUGCGGAUGCGUACAGGGCAAAGUACUCCACUUUCAAAGGCCAGUAACUCCGCAAAAGUGAACGUUGGAGGGCUCCAGUUGAGUCUAAAAGAGGAUAACAGUAUUUUAUUUGAAAAAAUAAAAGAAUAAUUCCG